AGGCAAUAAAAUUGGUGAUAAAGGAGCAUAAAAUAUUGGAUUAGGUUUGAGUAACUGCACUCAACUUACAAAUUUAUUAUUCUCUAUAAGCUAAAAUUAAAUUGGGGAUGAUGGAGCUUCUACUAUUGGUAAAGCACUUGGUAACUGCAAGUUCCUAACUAAUCUCAAAUUUUACAUUUGGGACAAUAAAAUCGGUGAUAAAGGAGCAUAAAAUAUUGGAUUAGGUUUGAGUAACUGCACUCAACUUACAAAUUUAGAAUUUGAAAUAUGCAAAAAUUAAAUUGGGGAUGAUGGAGCUUCUACUAUUGGUAAAGCACUUG